ACCAAAUGAAAUGGUAGUGUUAGAAGUCUUUGAUCAAUUAAUUUAAAAGUAUUUUCCUUAUCUGUGGAGUUUGAAACAUUAACGUUCUAAAUUUGAAAUUAAAAUUUUAGUAAAAUGUGGUCGACUUCAAGAGUGUUUUGUUUUUUAGUAUUACCUAUUUUAAACGUGGAAGCUUUUAAAUUGGGAGAUGAUGGUGUUUGCAUUGCGAAAAUUAGUGUUCCAAAGACAAGAAUAAAAUAUGUGACUUUGAAUAAGUGGUGCGGCAAAAAGAAAUGUGUUGUUAAAAGAACUGAGAGAUACAAGGAAACUGCGGAAAAACCAGUUUGUUGCAACGGAUGGGAAUACUUCGUAGACAAAGAUAUAUGUUCACCAAUAUGCAGAACUGGAUGCAUCGGGGGCCAGUGCGUCGCCCCCGAAGUCUGCCACUGUGAUCCGUCUUCAGUACUGGAUCCAUCACAUAAGAACACCUGUAUCAAAUCUAAAUGCGACUAUCCAUGCAUUAAUUCUGAUUGCAUCAACAACACUUGUAUUUGCCAUCGAGGUUUUACAAAAUACAACACAACGCAUUGUCAUAAAUGUGACUCAGGCUACUUUUUGAACGACGACUUUGAUUGCAUACCAAUCUGUAAUAACCCUUGUUCUAAUGGCAAAUGUACGGCACCUGAUACGUGUACUUGUCUGGAUGGUUACGUACAGAAAGAUAACAUUACGUGUGACCCGAUCUGCAAUUGCGUUAAUGCCACUUGUGUUGCUCCUAAUAAGUGUUCAUGUUAUGAAGGAUAUACGCAUUUAAACGAUAGUGCUUGUGCGCCUAAGUGUGAUAAUUGUGAUGGAGAGUGUGUUGAACCUUAUGUUUGUAAAUGUAAAGAAGGUUUUUCUAAUUUUAAUGGUACUUGCAAGGCGAAUUGUGAUAAAUGCAAGCAUGGUGAAUGCCUUAACACUGGAGUUUGUCGUGAAAACGACGCUGAUAAAAAUGAAACAGGCAACAAUUUAAGGAAUAAUCUGUGCAAGACGACUGUGGCGGCGCAUGUGAAAUCAUAUUACGCGAAAUCGAAAUCACAAGCUUGCCCAAAGAAGACCGACUGUGACCAGAAUGACCUUAAGGAAUUUAAGGGUAAAUUUAAUGCGAAAACGCAACGAUGUUGCUUCAAGAAAAUUCAGAAAUAUAUUGAAAAAGAAACGUGCUGCCCUGGUUACGAAUGGAAAAAUGAAGAAAAACUUUGCGCUCCCAUAUGCACGAAAGGUUGCGUAGGCGGAAGGUGCACAGCACCUGACCAAUGCGACUGUGACCGCCCUCUUAUAUUGAAAAACUUCAAGUGUAUCACUCCAAAAUGUGAACCUUCUUGCACCAAUGGCCAAUGCAUUGACGACGAUAAAUGCGAAUGUAAUCCGGGGUAUCGUAGUGUAAAUUCGACUUUCUGCGUUAAACAAUGCGAUCUCGGGUAUGAUAAUGAUCCAACAACCUUAAUCUGCAACCCAAUAUGUGACAACAGAUGUGUGAAUGGAACCUGUGUUGCACCAAAUACUUGCGAUUGUUUAGGUGGAUAUAAAAAAAUUGAUCAAUACAAUUGUGCUCCAAUUUGUUCACCGUCUUGUAAAAAUGGUCAAUGUACAGCGCCAAAUGAAUGUUCAUGCUUUGAAGGCUAUAAACGGGAGAAUAUUACCAGUUGUGCUCCAAUUUGUACAUCGUGUGAUCAUGGAGAUUGUAUAGCCCCGAACACAUGUGUUUGUCACGACGGGUAUUCUAAAGUCAAUGGCACAUGCACGGCUGUUUGUAAUCAACCCUGUACUAACGGAGUUUGUAUAGAGCCUAAUAUUUGUAGUUGCAAUAGAGGCUACAUAAAAGACACAGAAAAUCCGUUCAAUUGUAUUCCGAGUUGUGAACCAAAGUGCGUUAACGCCACUUGUAUCUUUCCUAACAAGUGUUCGUGUCUAAAUGGAUACGAAACGACAGAUAACAACUACAGUUGCAAACCCAAAUGCGUUGGUUGCAUUAACGGUGACUGUGUAGCACCAAAUAAGUGCCGUUGCCAUACUGGAUACAUCUUGAUUGAUGGGAAUUGUAAACCUUAUUGCGAAAAGAAUUGUACUCAUGGAACUUGCACGGCACCAAACACUUGUACUUGUAAAAAUGGAUAUAAGCAAGAUGAUAGCGAUAACUAUACUUGCUUAGCGAUCUGCGACAAACCAUGUGUCAAUUCUACAUGUGAUUCCCCAAAUCAUUGUAGCUGUCUUGACGGUUAUAAAAAGACUGAAGUUGAAUCAGUGUGUGAACCAAUUUGUUUAUCUUGUAUAAACGGGGAUUGUAUAGCACCUGAGAAAUGUAGAUGUUUCGAUGGCUACGAUUCGGCUGGGAUGGAUGGAAAAUGUUCCCCAGUCUGUACUAAACCGUGUAUUAAUGGUCAAUGUACAUCUCCAAACACAUGUUCUUGUACCAAAGGCUAUGAAAAUGACAAGGAUGACCCUUCUAUCUGUUAUAUAUCCUGUUCUGGGCCUUGCAAGAACGGAAAGUGCACUUUAGAAGGGAAGUGUGUUUGCAAUCCCGACUACAAACUCGAGAAUGGGACAUGUAUUUAUAGACCAUUACUCUGUUCCUCUUGUAAGCAUAGUUGUGUACAUGAUGACUGUCAUUGCGACAAUGGUACACGAUGCAUAGUCGAGGCUCACACUGAAGUCGCCUCCUCGACGACUACAGCCGGGUUGGCUGGUCUAGAAGUUACUUGGAUAUCAGCUGCGGCUACAGUUCUUCUAUUGCUGGUGCUCCUUGCGGUUGUCAUGCAGCGAAUUUACAAUCGACGGAGGAAAUUUGAGAACAGUAAAAUUGAGGAAGGUAACCACUACGGCAGUGUAGUAUACACGGUGCCCGAUGCUUUGAUAAAUAACAAAGUCAAUCUUGACAACGUGGAUGAAAUCGAAGAGGCUGAAUUAGCCGAGGACGAAGAUAGCCGAGAACCUUUAAAUUCCAGCGCGGUUCAAAAUAAUCAAGUUUAGUAUACUAUUCGGAAUUGCUUUGAAGAACUAUAUGAUUUUAUAAAAAGAAUUUCAGAACUCAUACACUUAAGUUCAAGUGAACAUGAGUAUAUUUUUGUAUUUGUACAUAAUAAUAAAUUGGCAGAAUAGUAGGAUCGGGUGCUUCUCAUCGAAGGUCGUGCCAGAAAAAUAUAAUGUUUGAAAAACAUUACUUACCAUACACAAGCACUUUGUAAAUAUAUAAUGGUCUGUUUACUAAACAUCUGUAGCAAUUUCAGGGACUUUAUUUUGAGGUGUCUUUUACUUUUUGUUGGAUUGAUUUUAUUUAACACUUCUUCAUCUAUUUUGAAAAUUAAGGGAGUAUUGUUCUUAUUUCGGCGCUCUAGUGGGUUUUUUUUAUGAUAUCAAGUGAGAGGACGAACAAGUCGUGCGCUUGGUGAAAAAGACACGCCU